CGGACAGACCCAGUGGAACCGUUUCCGGCCUCCGAGCACUGCGGAGACACCGUGAUUAAAAGCAGCGACGCGGAGAGAAAACGCUCCCCGAGCAGCGACCACCGAGCAUCAAGUCUGCGGCAGAAUGAAGCAGAGGGCGACCAUGGUUCUGAAGGAGGUUCCAACUGACAACAUUGCCCGUCCUCUGGGUAGGAACGAGGUAAUUGGCCUGCUCUUCCGACUCACCAUAUUUGGAGCUGUAACCUACUUCACCAUCAAGUGGAUGGUGGAUGCUAUUGACCCAACCCGGAAGCAGAAGGUGGAAGCCCAGAAGCAGGCUGAGAAGUUAAUGCGUCAGAUCGGAGUGAAGAACGUCAAGCUGUCUGAGUACGAGAUGAGUAUCGCAGCCCACCUGGUGGACCCAUUGAGCAUGCAGAUCACCUGGAGGGACAUCGCCGGUCUGGAUGAGGUCAUCACUGAGCUGAAGGAGACUGUGAUUCUGCCUGUUCAGAAGAGACACCUGUUCCUGAAUUCCAAACUGCUGCAGCCUCCCAAAGGUGUGCUGCUCUACGGCCCCCCCGGCUGCGGUAAGACGCUGAUCGCCAAGGCGACAGCGAAGGAGGCGGGGUUUCGCUUCAUCAACCUGCAGCCGAGCACUCUGACGGACAAGUGGUAUGGAGAGUCGCAGAAAUUGGCUGCCGCUGUUUUCUCAUUGGCUGUUAAACUGCAGCCAUCCAUAAUCUUCAUCGAUGAGAUUGACUCCUUCCUGAGGAGUCGCUCAAGCUCAGACCACGAGGCCACAGCCAUGAUGAAGGCCCAGUUUAUGAGUCUGUGGGAUGGAAUGGACACUGACCACCAUUGCCAGGUGAUCAUCAUGGGCGCCACCAACCGUCCUCAGGACCUGGACUCCGCCAUCUUGCGGCGGAUGCCCACCAGGUUUCACAUCAAUCAACCGAGCGAGAGGCAGCGAGAGGACAUCCUUCGGCUGAUUCUGAGGAACGAGAAUGUGGAAAAAGCUUUUAACUUCCAACUUGUCGCCAAGGAGACGGGUGGUUUUUCAGGAAGUGACCUCAGAGAAAUGUGUCGCGAUGCAGCACUGAUGUGCGUCCGAGAGUUCGUCCACAGGAGGAGCGACAGCUCAGAGGAAGAUGACUCCAUACGUCCCAUCAAACAGUCUGAUAUGCAGACCUCCAUCUCUAAAAUGAAGCAGUCCAAGGCGACCAGCGUUCACGGUGUUCUGCUGCACGCUGCUCUGGACUAAACACAUGGUUUACAUGACCCUGCUGCGUCUCAACUGGUGUGUAAACUCAUCGAGCAUGUGCCAUUUACUUCCUUCUGACAUUUUUUCUUCCCAUGCUCCUCCAUGUUUUGGGGAACCAACAUGAACCUGAUAUUCCUGAUGGGAGGAACACCUGUACACCUCAACCAUUCUGUCAAACUCCUCCAAGGGAUGUCCCGCCUCCUCAGAGUUCCCAUGACCUUCAGUCACAGUUGUCUCACCUUUAACCUGGAAACACUCUUAAUUUAAAAAUCCUCCUCGGAUUGACUAUAAACUAAUAAUUAUUGAACAUUUGGCAAAAUCCAGAUCAGUGAAUAAAACUGAUCAGGUCCAAACAAGUCCGAGGACUACAGGUUUGAUUGGAGCAGCAGGGCAGAGCUUCCCCUGUGUGGUCACACAUCAAGUGAUUAUUGAUAUAUUGUCAUUUGUAAUUGAUCAGUAUCUUUAUUGAUCCUUUAUUAUAUUUGUUUUUAAGAGUUUUAUCAUUUUUCUGAGGGAUGGUUCUGUAUUUAUUUAUAUCUGACAGGUAGAGUAUGAUAUUGUUCUGGUCUGCUCUGAUUGUUUGUACACAGUAAAUCUGAAUGGUUGUUUUUUAUGCAGUAAACAAACAUCAUUAUAACGUUUUUUCUUCUUCACGUGUCUCCAUGGGUGUGGCUCAUUUGGUCACUUCACCGUUUGGUGCUUGGACGUUUUGGUUGUUCCGUUGGUCAGAGCAGUCCACCUCUGGACGUUUCAUAUCUGCUCUGACAGCCCAUUGGUUAAAAGAGCUUCUCUGUAACUCGGCCUUAGUCUGCUGUGUGCAAAUGUGGCUGUUAGAUGAGUAUCUGUAGCAGGAGAUCCUUCAGAGUCAUUUUUGUCUGAUCAGGCUUAUAGUCAGUCAGAUUUUAUGUCCAAACUGAGAGCAGAACCACAGUCACUGGAAUCAGGCUGUGAUCUAAGUGUUCAGAACGUUUACAACUAAAUUACAAUCAUAAUGUAUUAAAUGACUUAGCCAAGUAGAUGGGCACAGGUUGGUUUAUUAACUGGUAUUUACUGGUGUGUGUGGGGGGGGGACCUGACCUGACCUGCAGGUGAACAUUUAUUUGAACAUUAGCUGUAAAAAAAAAUGUCAACAUGUCAACAAAUCUUCACUGAUCAAUAAAAUGGCUUCCUGUCUGACCAAUUAGCAGACUGUCUGAUGUUGGCUGUGAGGUGAUGUAAUAAACUGGUUCAAACCCUAA